AUGGCGCUCCGCCAACCCUCCAACCCAAAACAAACCACCGACAGACAUGAAACGGACUAUGAGCGGUGGCUGAAGGAUCAUGAUGACUAUUACGAGCCAGCGGGGAAACCGCGAUACCAUCCCUCUGAUACCGAUAAUACAAACGACGACGACAAUGACGUAGAUCAUACGAGAAUGAACACGAAAUCAAAAUCACAGGCUCUGCCCAGCCAGUCGGAGAAUAUACAUGUCGACGACGAUGGCUCGGUCAUACAAGUCUCCCGCUACGGAUCGAUUAUGUUCCCGAGUAAACACUCAUCGGGGUUGGGGCAUCAGUCCAGUCCAAGUACGGAUACUCCACUACUGGGAAUCGGACAGAACGAGUCGAUGAUGUGUUGUGGGUUUAGUAUUGUUUUUGUGGUCGUUGUUUUGUUGGGUGUUGCUUGGGGUUUUAAGGUACAUCGACAACAGAGAGGGCAGGAGAAAGACAAGGCAUCUAGGGAUUGGGUGGAGGAUGAGAAGAAGAACUUGUUAGGAGAAGUUUGA